AUGUCCAGCCAGCGCGACCCUCCCAAGCCGGAAGAUGAGAAGCAAGAUGGCUUCAGCAAGUAUUUGAAGCGCAUAAAGACUGUGAUGAGGAAGAGUUCAACUGCAAGGAGUUCGACCUCGAGCAUGCAACCGAGUACUGGGCAGCUGGAGGUUAGCAAAACUAUCGGUCCCAGUUCUACUUCCCCCACUCCAGCACGGAAUCCCGCGACCAAAUCGUCUCCUCAGCCGGUUGUUGUCACACAUUGGAGCGCCAUUCAACAGGAGAAGGCUCGCGCACUGUUCGCCAAGUAUGGAUUGACCCUGGAGCCGGGAGAGUGGCAAUCGCCGAGCGACAUGACCGUCCAGCGCGUGGCCAAGCCCAUUCGCAUGAGAGUGCGCCGCACCUGUCAUCGCUGCGAGACUACCUUUGGGCCCGAAAAGGUCUGCGUCAAUUGCCAACACGUCCGGUGCACCAAAUGUCCUCGCCAUCCGUCAACCAAACCCAAGGAUCAGGCACAGAGUGCUCUCCAGAAGAUAGUCGCAUCGAGGGAACCCGAGCCGGCGCGACACACGGUCAAGGGGCCACAAGUCACGAUCCCUUCUCGCACUGGUGGCCAGGAUCUGGUGUACAAGCCCAUUCGGCAGAGAAUACGGCGCACGUGCCACCGGUGCUGUACUACAUUCCCCGAUAAAGAUGCUGUGGAAUGCCCCAGCUGCAAACACAUACGAUGCAAGAAAUGUCCCCGUGAACCGCAUAAACCCGACAAAUAUCCAGACGGCUAUCCUGGGGACGCGGAGCCUCCGAAAGAAAUACCGGAAUGGACGUGGAAGAAACCUCGACAAAGGGUGCGCUACAGUUGUCACAAAUGUUUGACGCUCUACGGGCAUGGCCAGAAAGCUUGUGCGAAUUGCGGGCAGGAAAAGGGACCGGAGACUAUACGCGACCCGCCAAAGAAACAUAAGCCGGAACCAGACCCCGAUGUUGUGAAGCGAGUUGAGGAAAGGCUGGCUCAUGUGGGAGUCACGUCUGGUCUUGCAUUUUCUCCUCAUGUGCAAGUGCAGCAACUUGUCUAA